AUGAGCGCAAGUCGAUUUCCAAAGUUCCUUAAACCGGAUGACGAAUCGUUUGCAUCGGAACGGGACGCGGCACCGGCGGAUGAUCACGUAACGUCGUUUGUCUUCAACGCUCACCAGUCGCUGAACCUUGCCGCCCAGCGGGAACGUUUGCCGAUACGCCAACACCGCGACCAGAUCCUGUACUGUCUCGAGCACUAUCAAACGCUCGUGCUGGUCGGUGAAACCGGAUCUGGGAAAAGCACCCAAGUACCGCAGUACCUGCACGAGUUCGGAUGGCAUACGAAGGGAUUGAUUGGAAUUACCGAACCCCGCCGGAUAUCGGCCAUCACGCUGGCUGACCGUGUCGCUACCGAACGGGGUGAAUUAUGCGGCGAAACGGUCGGCGUGUCCAUCCGCUUCAUCUCGAAGUGUGACCCGGCACAAACCAAAAUCAAGUACAUGACCGAGGGCAUUCUCUUGCGCGAAAUGUUGGCCGAUCCGCUACUGACGCAGUACGCCGUGAUCAUGGUAGAUGAAGCGCACGAACGGAGCACACUGACGGAUACGGCACUUGGCCUGCUGAAAAAGAUCGCCCGCAAGCGCUCGACGCUAAAAAUCAUCGUCUCGUCGGCCACGGUUGAUGCGGAAUUUUUCCGACAUUUCUUCAACGUAAAACCGCAGGGUGGCAAGGAUACGGCUGUGAUCCUUUCGGUAGAGGGCCGCAUGUAUUCGCAGGAGAUAUUCUACUUGCAGGAACCGUGCCCAGACUACGUCAAGGAGACGGUGAAUACGGUCAUGAAGAUUCACCGUUCCGAACCGAAAGGGGACGUGUUGGCGUUUCUCACCGGUCAGGAGGAGGUCCUUAGAGCGCUGGAUUUGUUGCGGGAACACCAGGAGAUGAGUGGAAAGGAUGACAUGCAGAUCCUACCCAUGUACGGGACGUUGCCCAAUUCGGACCAACUGAAGGUGUUCUUUACCGCACCGAAAGGCGUCCGGAAGGUGGUACUGGCUACGAACAUUGCCGAAACGUCCGUCACCAUACCGGGAAUUGUGUACGUCAUCGAUUGUGGCUUCGUUAAACUCAAAUGGUACACGGCGGAUAGUACGACGGACAGUUUGGUGGUCGUACCAGUGAGCAAAGCGGCCGCCGAGCAACGUGCUGGAAGAGCUGGACGUAUUCGAAGUGGAAAGGUGUACCGGCUAUACACGGAAGCCGCCUGGGAGGCGCUGCCAGAACAUACGCCCCCGGAGAUGCGCCGAUCGGACCUUUGCAGUACGGUGCUUUUCCUGAAAGCACUCGGCAUCGACAACAUUCUACGUUUUACAUUUCCUUCUUCACCACCGGCAAAAAACCUGCUCGCCUGUCUGGAAACGCUGUACGCACUGGAAGCCUUGGACGCGGAAGGUGCACUCACCUCACCGGUUGGGUAUUUCCUUGCCGAAAUGUCCAUACCGCCGAUGAUGGCAAAGAUGCUGUUCAAAGCCGGCGAAAUGGACUGCUCUGAGGAGAUCCUCAUCAUCAUCGCGAUGCUGCAGGUGCAGUCCGUCUUCUCGAAGCCAGCAGGCGGACAGGCCGCGAUUCGGGGCCGAAUUGCAAAGCGCAACUUCGAGGUAGCCGAAGGUGACCUCAUCACGCUGCUCAACGUGUACUGUGCGUUCGUGGAGUCGGGCAGGACGAAGGAAUUUUGUGGUCGAAACUUUCUCAUCUAUCGCAAUCUGAAGCGGGCGCAUGAAAUCAAAACCCAACUGGCGAGCAUGCUGGAGCGGGAACUGAACGUCCCACUGCGGUCGUGUAAUGGGAACGUGGAAACGAUCUGUCGGUGCAUUGUGGCGGGUUUUUUCCCCUACGCCGCCUAUUUGCACCAUUCGGGUGUGUACAGAACGGUACGCGGGAACACGGAGUUAAGCAUUCAUCCUUUAUCUGCAUUGUACACCGAACAGCAACCGCAAUGGGUCGUCUUUUGUGAGCUGAUUCACACGACGAAACUGUUCAUGAAGGACAUAACGGUCAUACAGCAGCAUUGGUUGACGGAGAUUGCGCCGCACUACUACCACAAGGUGACCGUACGGGAUCAUUUCUAAA